CCUCUUUACUCUUGUUUGUGUGUGCGUGAGUGAGUGAAUGAUAAAGAGAUGAGUGACAGCAUUGCAAAGACAUAUGCCUAUGUUAAUACAAAUCGGCCGAAAGAAUACUAUGAUUAUGAAUCACUUCAAGUAAAAUGGGGCACACAAGACAUGUAUGAAAUCAAGAAAAAGAUCGGCCGAGGAAAAUAUUCAGAAGUGUUUUUAGGUAUCAAUGCUUUUAAUCAGCAAAACUGCGUUAUUAAAGUAUUGAAACCUGUAAAGAAGAAAAAGAUUAAACGAGAAAUAAAGAUUUUACAAAACCUGACAGGUGGACCUAAUAUUAUCGGUUUAUUGGAUAUCGUUCGUGACCCUGAAUCCAAAGUGCCUGCCUUAAUUUUUGAAAGUGUCAAUAAUACCGAUUUUCGCGUCCUGUAUCCAACAUUCACUGACCUUGAUGUGCGUUACUAUAUGCUUGAACUAUUAAAAGCAAUCGACUAUUGCCAUUCUAUGGGUAUCAUGCAUCGCGAUGUUAAGCCUCAUAAUGUAAUGAUUGAUCAUGAAAAAAGACAGUUACGUUUGAUCGAUUGGGGAUUAGCCGAUUUUUAUCAUCCAGGAGAAAAGUAUAAUGUUCGAGUGGCUUCACGUUGUUUCAAAGGCCCUGAAUUAUUAGUGGAUUUUUACUAUUAUGACUACAGCUUGGACUUGUGGAGUUUUGGUUGUAUGCUCGCUGGCAUGAUAUUUCGCAAGGAUCCCUUCUUUAGUGGUAGUGAUAAUUAUGAUCAAUUGGUCAAGAUUGCCAAAGUACUCGGUACAGAGAAAUUGCACAUGUACCUCAAGAAAUACAACUUGACACUGGACCCACGUAUAAAGAAAAUUAUGGGAACAUACAAACAAGCUCCUUGGAGUAAAUUUAUCACUGAAGAAAACAAAAAGUAUAUCUCAGAGGAGGUACUUGAUUUAUUAGACAAGUUACUGCAAUAUGAUCAUCAGGACAGACCCACUGCCAAAGAAGCCAUGGCACAUCCUUAUUUUGGUAAAGGUUUUUUAUUAUUAUUAUUUUGUUUAGCUUGUAUUAAUACGUAUUUAUAGAUCCCGUUCGAGAUCAGCAAUAAUAAUAAUGUAGAAAAAGGAAGUCAUCAUCCUAAACCACGCUUCUUCUUUCUUCUACCUGGGUGU